ACCUGCCUCUUGCUCUGCACAGACCUGGUAUCUCGCACUGCAGCUCUGCUCUUCAUUCUGCCCCAGCCCAGGGGUUACACGGAAACUGGCAGAGCCUUACAGGGGGGGCAUUAAACCCUACACCUGGCAAUGCCCCUCUCUUAGACUGCCCUUAACCCAUAAACUUCUCUCUGGCUGUACUAAAGGCUUCUACCUGCCUCUUCCCUGCCUUGCUCGCUGGCACAGCCUUUCCUUACACACCCAUCUCUCUGGCCAUAAAACACUUUAUGCACCGUGGGCAGCACCCCACAAAUUCUGGAACACCAACAACAGAGGUGACACCCGUGGAUUUGUGAGAAAGGAAAGAAAUGAAGAGGGGGUUUGAGGUUCCUACGCCGCUCAGUCGCUGAAGGGCAGCAGGGCCCUGAAGGUCGGGAUGCAGUCAGCUGGAUCUAAAGAACAGGAGCUGGUGUUGGUGGAACACGCCUUCGAGUAUUCAUCUAAAGAUGGGAAAAUCAUCUCUAUAAAACCCAACGAGAGGUACAUCCUUCUGAAGAGGACUAAUGAGCAUUGGUGGCAGGUGUGCCUUGAUAAGACUACUACGCCAUUUUAUAUACCGGCCAAAUAUGUCAAAGUGUUGCCCUUGGCUUCGAAACGAUUCAAUGGUUAUCAGCCCUACAAGGAUCCAUCAGAGGAUGUGCAGGUAGCUGUGCCUAGUAAUGAGUACAGCUACAAAUUCUUACCACCAUGCCCACAGGUGAGUGCCAAUGUCACCCCACCGCCUUUGGAUAUCCAGCCGGCCAUUACUGAUAAUGCCAUUACAUCAAGAAAUGAGUGUGCCAGCAAAGCCCUGGCACCGGUUAAGGUGCCAUGUAUCAAUACAAGUAACACCCUACCAAAAGUCAGCAUGCCAAAGCUUGCUGCCACCAACACCCUGCCAUCUGCCACAGUGCCUAGGGUGAACUCCAACAAUGUCCAACCAAAAGUGGUACCACAGAUCCAUAUAAAUGAUGUAUUAACCAGUACCCCACAAAUACAUUCAAGCAAUAUCCUCCCAACCAAUGACAAGCAGAAUAGUGCCACUCAGCCAGAACCAUCAACCCAAUUUCUGCCAUCAGACCUCCCUAUGGUAUGUGGAGCCUCAGGACUGGACUCAAGUCACACAUAUCCAAAGGAACAACCAGAGGACAGCCGCACACAUGCUCCUAUGAGAACCUUCCACAAUUCUAAGAAGGUUGUUGACCCCACCAAGCGUAUCAGCUUCUUGUGUCUCACUGAUGCCCAGCCCAAUAUUUUAACCACUCCUUCUUCAGGGAAUCUAAAACCAGAGCCAUCUACAACUUAUCACCAACAACAACCACACAAAAUCAAUGACUCUUCAGGAUUGUGUUGCCCAGAACAGGUGGUGAUAGUAACAAGUAACACAGCUGGGUCCAAUGGAAUCUCUCCUUUAGUCCAGCCAAUUAAAGAAGAGGAAGACUGUGGGCCACUCUAUGAAAACCUAAAGCCAUUCCAAAAAGAGACCCCGAGGGAACGAGCCUCAUCCCUGCAGCACAGUUCCACCAGCACCUUAGACGACUGGGAAACUCACACAGACACAGGCAGCGGGCAACUAUUCUAUUAUAACAGUGUUACAGGGGUAACAACCUGGGAUUCUCCGUUUGACCAACCAGAAGACCCAGAGCCCUCCCCCACCUCUCUGAAUUCCCUAAGUCCUUUAGCUGAAGACUCGCAGUGGGAGAAACAUUUUGAUGAAGCCACGAAAAAAUACUAUUUCUAUAAUUCAGUGACAGGGGAAACGUCCUGGGAUCCACCAGUAGAAGAGAUGAGCUUUCAAGAAUUUACUCCAAUGGUAUCUUCAUAUAUAUCGGUGGACCGGAGGCCACCGACUCCAGAAGCUGAUUAUCCUGACUAUACUCUAGAAGAGGGAGAGAGUUACCCCGAUGCCGAUUACCAUCAAGAUCCCCCGGGCCUAUAUGAACAGAUUCCUUUACACAAGUCUCCUGUUGAUCCAAAUUCAGGCUGGUUCUGUCAGGUCAACAAGGAUGGGAAAAAGUUCUACUCAAACAACUACAACAGUGAAAUUUGGGUACAGUCAGAGGACCAGUCAGGAAAAACCUUUUUCUACACCCAGGAUGGUUCCCUCUCACAGUGGAGUUUGCCACGGAUCGGCCCAGCAAGUCUUCAUAGACCCAAUGAUGACAACAAUGUCUUUACAAAGUUGCAAGAUAAUUACCCAGCAAUCACUGCACGGAAAGAUACAGAGGAUUUCGGCCAUAGGCUCAGGAGAGCUGGUUCUGAAGAUUUCCUGAACGUGGGUGGGGAUCAUCAUCCUCAUCAGACCAAAAGCCUGGAAAAAGCUGGAGUCCUUCACAAGGCUAAAAUAUCCGACAAUGGUAAAAAGCUUCGUAAAAGCUGGAGCUCCUCCUGGACUGUCCUGGAAGGGGGAAUUCUGACAUUCUUCAGGGAUGGUAAAAAUCUAUCAUCUAACAGUUCGAGGCAUUCCCAGCUAUCUACCCCAGAGUACACAGUCAGGCUCGAAGGGGCCUCUCUCGUAUGGGCCACCAAGGAUAAAUCAAGCAAGAAGCAUGUACUAGAGCUGAAAACGCGAAACGGCUCUGAGUAUCUCAUACACCAUGAUUCAGAGACGAUCACUGCAGACUGGCACGAAUCAAUAAAGAACAGCAUUGCCAGGAAUAUACGUGUAUCUGCAGAUCAUACGCCUGAAGAUGAGCCUGAACCAUUCCAGGAAUUUGGUUCUACUGAGAAGUUGGGCACAAAAGAUGAAAAAAAGAACUCAAGCAUGGGAUCAGGCAGCAACUCUGACAGCGAUCGCAAAGUCCGCGCUAAGCUCAAGAAGUUUUUACAAAGGCGGCCGACGAUACAGUCCCUGCGAGACAGAGGUUACAUUAAAGAACAAGUGUUUGGAUGCCCCUUGCAACAGCUCUGUGAAAGAGAGAAACAGAAUGUUCCGGACUUUGUAAGGAAGGCCAUCCAAGCCGUGGAAAAAAGAGGACUUGAUAUUGAUGGUUUAUAUCGAGUAAGCGGAAAUCUGGCCACUAUACAGAAGCUACGCCACAAAGUGGAUCAAGAGGAAAACACCAACCUGGAAGACGGGCGCUGGGAAGACGUCCAUGUUAUCACCGGAGCCCUGAAGCUUUUCUUCCGGGAGCUGCCAGAACCUCUGUUCCCAUUCAGUCACUUUGACAUGUUCAUUGAGACAAUAAAAUUGAAUGACCCGGCGCUGAAGAAGAAACAGUUCAAGGAGCUGAUACAGUCGCUGCCUCCGCCCAAUCAGGAGACCAUGCAGUUUCUCUUCCGACAUCUAUGCAAAGUCAUUGAAUGUAAAGAUUCCAACAGAAUGUCCAUUCAGAGUGUCGCCAUUGUGUUUGGGCCGACCCUCCUAAGGCCCUCGAUAGAAGGGGCCAACAUCGCCAUGUACAUGGUGUUUCAGAACCAAAUCGUGGAGCAAGUUCUAAGCCAAUACAAAUACAUAUUUAACACAAGCUGAUCCCUUGCUACGUGGAUUCCCCCCGACUGUGACAUGACGGCGCGGGCCCGCCCGAGAAAGCCUUUAUAUUGUUCUGCCUCGCUAUUUAAAUGUUCUUGUGUAAAUACUUGUGCUCAUGAGUUAUAUAUAGAUAUAUAUAUGUGUAUGUAUGUACAAAAUAAGCUAUAGUAGGGAAAGGGGGGUGACUUGCUCAUUGUUAAUGUAAAUAAAUCUCCCCACUGAAAAUGUCAAUAUUCACUUUAAUGAAGCAGCUACUAUAGAUUGUUUUCUAUCCGACUCUGCUGUAGGUUUCUCUUAUUUUCAAGCACAGAUUUAUAUAUAAAUAUAUAUAUUUGGCAGAAGUCUGCAAUGCCAAUGGAGAUUCUAUUUAACGCGGUGCAAGCCCAGCCAGGGGCCCCGCUGCUACACAGAGAGAAACAGCCUGGGAUUCAUCUCUUUUCCCUGUUGCACUUUUUACAUUAAAAUGUUUUUCAAGAAAGAGAA